GCCCUAAAUUGUCACUUGAUUAUUUGUUUACAUUCCAUAUACAAAUACAGUUGUCAGUUGGUAAUGAUAUUAAUAUUAAAAAAUGGAAAAACAAAAAUACAAAAAAAGAAAUUUGUGGAGUGAUAGGGCAGAAGCCCUACUGAUUGAAUUGUGGCAAAAUAAAAUUAGUGCUCUUCGCGGGCCAAGGAAAAAUAACCACAUAGAGGAGGAAAUGGCAAUGGAGUUGCAGCAACAAGGUGUGCAUUUCACGGCGAGUGAAAUCAAAUCAAAAAUGCACAAUCUUUCACUGAGAUAUAAGAAAGAGAAGACAGCAGUUGGGUCAACUGGCGGUUCUCCAUCGCAGUGGCCACUGUAUGAAAAAAUGAGAGCUGUACUGUUGCCGUACGUCAGCUACAACACCGAGAGCUUAGUGGAGGAAAGCUUUCAAUGUUUUACUGGCUCCGAACCACUUCAAAUUUCGGUGGAAACGGCUGCGCCUUCUACAUUUGUUGCUGCAUCUCCAUUGUCAUCACCGGUUUCCCUACCUUCGCCCUCAGCGAUGCCGAUGUCGCCAACCGAUAGUUCUUCAUUAACAAUAUCGUCUCCCGAGCCGAGUGAUUAUGGAAAUAAAAAGAGGAAUCAUUUUCAGAGCCUGAUAUUAAAAAAAUGUGAAAGAAUUGAAAAACAGCUCGAGAAAGCAAAUCAGCAAUUCAAUGAAACCUGCAAAAACAUUAUGGACAUAACAGAACAAUUUCUUGAAAACGACAAUAAAAAAACCCAACUGAUGGAAGAAUAUCUGAAAGACUCUAAAGAAACAAAUAAACGAUUGCUUGAAUUUCUAAAUAAAUAAAAAAAUAAAUUAAU